AUGCAUUUAAACUCUGUUGCCGAGGCUGCAUUGAUUCAGCAGGCCAUUGAAAUGAAACCAAACUUGCUGAUUCCAGCUCUGCUCUCUCUUCUUCUCCUUCUUCUUCCGUCGUCCUCACUUUCACAAGAUACAGUAUCUCCUGCCAAUCAACAACUGAAACAACUCAUUCUCAGAAGAUCCAGACAUGGCGGAGGAAGAAGCAGAGCAUUCAAGUGCGACCCCUUUUAUGUUUAUCUUUUUGGUAUCUGUGGUCGCUGGCCUUUUCCUACCUAUCCUUCCCCUCACAAUCCCUUUCAACCACUCCCACCACCGUCUCCUCGUCGGAAUCCCCCACCCCGUUUCCCACAUUCUCCUCCGCUGCUGCCCCUUGUCCCAUCACCCCCACCACCGUCUCCGCCGUUAGUUCCGGCACAGCCUCCCUUGGUUCCUUCGCCGCCUCCUCCUCCCUUGGUUCUGUCUCCCCCACCGCCUCCUCCCUUGGUUCCUUCGCCGCCGCCGCCGCCGCCGCCUCCGCCUCCUCCCAUGGUUUUCCCACCGGGGCUGAUUAUUCCGCCACCGCUUGUCUUCUCUCCCCCACCAUUUCCAGGUAUACCAGAACCGCCCGUAUUUCCAUGGCUACCACCUCCUCCUGAUAUAUUCACCGAUCCUCCACAGAGGCCACAGAGCUUCGUUUUUCCACCACCGGGUUUCCCCUCCGCUGGUUUUACCCAGGCACCGCGCCUUGUCCCUGAACUCCUACAGCCGCCGGAGCCACCUCUCCUGUCAACUCCUCCGGCGCCGAAGAGCUUUGUUCCAGUCCAAACGUCGCCACCACUAGUAGUGUUGCCACCUUCUCAGCUUCCACCGCCAUCUAAUUCACCUCUCUUCCGAGAAUGA